AUGCUUAAGUUUCUCCCUCUGUUGGUCCUAAGCACCUUUCCUUUCUUCUGUUUUGGACUGUCAACUGUAGUUACUUCGCUGGUCUUUAGUAUAGAAAAGGUUAGUGUUGGAAUCUUUCCUUUAGUCCACUCUUUGCUCUAUUUGCUAAUCAUUCUCUGUAGUAAUAUGCUGUCUGCCUUAAUGAUUGAAGGAUACUUAGCAAAUGAUUACAGCCGGGUGACUCUUUCAGUUUGUCUUAAAGUCUUCUUUGGUCUCUUCCUUACUUCUUUAGGCUUGAACUUAGUCGAUAUAGGUAUUCUACUCUUCUUGCGUAGUCAUCCCAUCUAUCUUUCUGUUUGUCUGGGCCUGGUUUUCUUAGAUACUUUACAUCUUAUUUGCAUUAAGGAGGCCAAGCAAGAGUUAACACCCACUCUAGCUGAGAUCCAAAAGAGCCUCAACAUCUCGCGACCCCCAGCCAAUACUAACCCCGACCCCGACCCCAAUCACAAUACAAACACCAAUACUAAUCCCAUACCCUCUUCUCCUUCGAGUUCAUCCUAA